UGGCUCUCUCUCUGUAGGUAGACUGGAGUGAGCACUCAGAGGGAAGAUGACAGAGCUGUCAGCGCUCUGAGACACAGUGGUGAGAACAUUUGCCGGGGCUGGCUGUGAUAAGGCGCUCUUCAGUUUACGUUGUGUAAUCAGUGGAGACGCUGUAAGCAUUCUGUGAGGACUAAGGACAAGAACACCUCUUUGAUUCCUGAAUACACUGUAGUCUGAGUGUCAGGGUGUCAUCAUGGCCGUUAAAGGCUUCCUCUUGGGCUUUGUGACCGUGAACCUGCUCCUCGAGCUCUCCACUGCUGGCCUGGUCAAAAAGGUCAUCCGCCACCGCAGAGAUGCUCUGAGUCCUAAGCAAAGCCAGGAGAACCUCACCCUGCCCCACCCCGACCAGCCAGUGGUGUUCAACCACGUCUACAACAUCAACGUCCCCUCCACGUCCCUCUGCUCUGUGGACCUCGACGCCCCUGGUGAUACCGAUCUGAAACAAAAGAGUGUCCCGGUGGAGAUGCAGAACAGCGAGCACAUGGAGCACACCUUGGACGGAGACAAUCAGAUCGUUUUCACCCACCGCAUCAAUAUACCCAAGCAGGCGUGUGGCUGCGACAACCAGCUGCCCGACAUCAAGGAUAUCCUGAGCAGAUUGGAGAUGCUGGAGUCCGAGGUGUCGAGUCUGAGGGAGCAGUGCAGCAGCGGGACGGGCUGCUGUGGAGCUCAGGUUACAGGUGAAGUGUCCACAAAGCCCUUCUGUAAUGGCCAUGGUAACUGGAGCACUGAGACCUGCAGCUGCAUAUGUGAGCCUGGAUGGAAGGGCCCCAAUUGCACCGAACUUGAGUGCCCCAACGACUGCCAGGACCAGGGCCGCUGUGUAGAUGGCAAGUGCGAGUGCUUUGAGGGCUUUGGUGGGGACGACUGCAGCAAUGAGCUCUGCUUGUUGGACUGUGGUGACUACGGCCACUGUGUGGAUGGCUUCUGCCUCUGUGAGGAGGGCUUCAUCGGGGAGGACUGUGGUCAGACCAACUGUCUCAACAACUGCCUCGGCCGUGGACGGUGCGUAGAGGACGAGUGUGUCUGCGACGAGCCUUGGACAGGCUUCGACUGCUCCGAACUCAUCUGUCCAAACGACUGCUUCGACCGCGGACGCUGCGUCAACGGCACCUGCUUUUGUGAAGAGGGCUACACCGGAGAAGACUGCGGGGAGCUCACUUGUCCUGGCAACUGUAACAACCGUGGCAUGUGUGUGAACGGCCAGUGCGUGUGCCAGACCGGCUACAGUGGAGAGGAUUGCUCCAAGCUCACCUGUCCCAAGAACUGCAACGAAAGAGGCCAUUGUUUCAACGGGAAGUGCAUCUGUGAUCCAGGAUAUGAAGGUGAAGAUUGCUCCAUCCUCUCCUGCCCUGACAACUGUAGCAACAGGGGCCAGUGCGUCGACGGAGAAUGUGUGUGUGACGUAGGCUUUCAAGGUGAAGACUGUAGCGAGCUCUCCUGCAUUAACAAUUGCCAAGACCGUGGUCGCUGCGUCAACGGAAAGUGCAUUUGUAACAAAGGCUAUGGCGGGGAGGACUGCAACAUCAAGACCUGUCCAAAAGACUGCCAGGGACGUGGAGAGUGCGUGGACGGCAAGUGCGUGUGCUUCGUCGGCUUCACUGGGAAAUCCUGUGGCGAGCUGACUUGCCCCAAUGACUGCCUGGACCGCGGUCGCUGUGUCAAUGGACAAUGCGUUUGUCAUAAGGGCUUCACUGGCGAAGACUGCAGCGAGAAGACGUGUCCCAAGAACUGUCUUGAUAGAGGUUACUGCGUCGAUGGCGAUUGUGUGUGUUACGAAGGUUUCUCCGGGUUGGACUGUUCCAUGCUGACCUGCCCAGAAAACUGCCAGAACCAGGGCCGCUGUGACAAUGGAGUGUGCGUCUGCGACGAGGGCUUCAUUGGGGACGACUGCUCAGAGGUCUCACCGCCCAAGGACCUGACAGCGGAGGUGGUAAGCCCAGAGACGGUGGACCUGUCCUGGAAGAAUGAGAUGCGUGUCACAGAGUAUCUUAUCACUUAUGUACCAACGGCCGCUGGAGGUCUGGAGCUCGACAUGCGGGUGCCAGGGAACCAGAUGAUGACCACUAUUAAGGAGCUUGAGCCUGGUGUGGAGUACCUGAUCAGUGUCUAUGCUGUGCUCAACAACAAGAAGAGUCUUCCUGUCAGCGCUCGGGUGGCUACACAUCUGCCUGAGCCGGAGGGGCUGAAGUUCAAGUCAGUGCGGGAGACGUCAGUGGAAGUGGAGUGGGAUCCGUUGGACAUUCCCUUCGAUAGCUGGAACAUCAUCUUCAGAAACACGAAAGAGGAAGAUGGUGAAAUUCUUAACUCCCUCGGCCGUCCGGAGACCACCUUUGAGCAGUCGGGCUUGGGCCCCGGCCAGGAGUACGAGGUCAAGCUGGAGGUGGUGAAGAACAACAAGCGUGGACCGCCUGCCUCCCAGAACGUGGUCACAAUGAUCGAUGCCCCCAGCCAGGUGGACGUGCGGGACGUGACAGACACCACAGCACUGGUCACCUGGUUCCAGCCCGUUGCUCAGGUGCAAGGGGUCAGCAUUUCCUACGGGCCAAGCUCCAACCCCACUGAUCGCAGCGUGGUGGAGCUUUCCUCCAGUGACACCCAGUACCACCUGGGAGGCCUCACACCCGACACCCAAUACGAGGUGUCUCUGUCGUCUCACAUGGGCGAGCAGAGCAGCAUUCCUGUGUACCAGUCUUUCCUCACAGACCUGGACGCCCCCAAAGACCUGCAGACAGUGGAGCUGACGGACGAGAGCAUCACUCUUGAGUGGAAGAACAGCCAAGCUCCAGUGGAAAACUACCGCAUCAAGUACGGACCUCUGUCAGGAGGGGAGCACGGAGAGCUGCUCUUCCCCCCCGGACCCAAGGACACCACCACAGCCAAGAUAACAGGCCUGAGACCUGGCACAGAGUAUGGGAUGGGCGUGACCGCGGUGACGGAUGAGCGGGAGAGUCGGCCGACGACCACCAACGCAGUGACUGCACUGGAUGCUCCCAGGGAACUGGCUGUUGUGGAGGUGACAGAGACCACCAUGAUGCUGCAGUGGAAACGCCCCCUGGCUAAACUGGACUCCUUCAGAUUGGUGUACAUAUCGGCUGACGGCCACAGGGCGGAGGACGUACUGCCGGGCAGCUCCGAGUCUCACAUCCUGAGGGGCCUGACAGCCGGCAUGCUGUACACCAUCAGCAUCAUCGCUGAGAGGGGCCGCAGGACCAGUGCGCCCAGCACCAUCUCAGCAGCCACAGAGGAGGAGAAGCCUGUGGUUGUCAAUGUCACCAUCAGCGAUGUGUCGUGGGACAGCUUCCUGCUGUCCUGGGCUACUGAGGACAGGAGGUUGGAGGGUUUUCUGAUCGAGGUUACCGAUGCAGAGACGGGCUCUGAGUGGCAAAACCAUACGUUGUCCGCUGAUGCUCGCAGCAUCGCCAUCUCUAGCCUCUCCUCGAGCACCUGGUACAGGGCCAAUCUGUACGGGGUGUACAGGGGGGCCCUGUUAGAGCCCGUCUUUGCAGACACCAUCACAGAGGCAGAGCCAGAGGUGCAGGCUCUCCUAGUGUCCGAUGUCGGCCCUGAGAGCCUUAAGCUGGCCUGGAUGGCUGAAGAGGACGCCUUCGACACCUUUGUCAUAAUGGUGAGCCAGGUCCAGCCAGGCCAACCCAGAGAGCUGGUGCUGGGGGAUGAUGAGCGGAGCACAAUCAUCACAGAUCUCACAGAAGACACCGAGUACGAAAUCCAAAUCUUUGGACUCAUUUUGGGAAGACCCUCCAAAUCAGUAAUGGAGAGGGUAAUAACAGACCUGGGCUCACCCAAGGGCAUCCGCUUCUCUGAUGUCACUGACACGUCCGCCACGGUUCACUGGGUGGUCCCCAGGGCUCGGGUGGACAGCUACAGGGUCACAUAUGUACCAGCUCACGGAGGAAAUGCUAAGACGCUUACAGUGGAAGGCUCUGAAGCUUACACUGUGCUGCCCAACCUGACACCCGGGGUCACAUACGAGGUCACUGUGGUCGCCGUGAAGGGUCAAAGGGAGAGUGAGCCUGGAUCGGACAGCGUCACCACAGCUCUGGAUAAGCCCCGUGGUCUGAAUGCAGUCAAUAUCACAGACUCUGAGGCUCUGCUGCUCUGGCAGCCUGCCAUCGCUACAGUAGACGGCUACGUCAUCACCUACAGCGCUGACUCAGUGCCUCCAGUGAUGGAGCGUGUGUCAGGAAACGUGGUGGAGUUUGAGAUGUCCUCCCUGACUCCAGCCACUCACUACACAGUGAAGGUUUACGCUGUGAGGGACCUGUCCAAGAGUGCAGCCACCACCACAGAGUUCACCACGGAUGUGGACGCCCCUCAGGACCUGGCAGCCAGUAACAUCCAGACAGAGAGCGGCCUGCUGAGCUGGAAGCCGCCGCGCGCUGACAUCACCGGAUACAUCCUGAGCUUUGAGUCUGCGGACGGCACCAUCCGUGAGGUCGUCUUGAGUCCCACUGCGGUGUCCUAUAACAUGGCUCAGCUCAGCGCGUCCACACAGUACUCUGUCAAGCUGCAGGCCAUUGCUGGACCAAAGAGAAGCCGAAUCAUCACCACUGUCUUCACCACCACUGGCGUGCUGUACAGAUACCCCCGGGACUGCUCCCAGGCCCUGCUGAAUGGUGACACCUCCUCAGACCUGUACACCAUCUACCUGGGUGGAGAUGAGAGUCAGCCCCUGCAGGUGUACUGCGACAUGGGGACUGAUGGAGGCGGAUGGAUCGUUUUCCUCCGCAGACAGAGCGGUAAACUGGAGUUUUUCCGCAACUGGAAGAAUUACACAGCGGGCUUCGGAGACAUGAAUGAUGAAUUCUGGCUGGGCCUGUCUAACCUGCAUAAGAUCACGGCUGGAGGCCCGUACGAGCUGCGAGUGGACCUGAGAGAUAAGGGAGAGACGGCCUACGCUCAGUACGACAAGUUCUCUAUCUCUGAACCUCGGAGCCGCUACAAGGUCCACGUAGGAGGAUACAGUGGAACAGCAGGGGACUCCAUGACUUAUCACCACGGCCGGCCAUUCUCCACCUACGACCAUGACAACGACAUUGCUGUCACCAACUGUGCCCUGUCCUAUAAGGGAGCGUUCUGGUAUAAGAACUGCCACCGUGUCAACCUCAUGGGACGAUAUGGAGACAACAGUCACAGCAAGGGGGUGAACUGGUUCCACUGGAAGGGCCAUGAGCACUCGAUCGAGUUUGCCGAGAUGAAGAUCAGGCCGUCCAACUUCAGGAACCUGGAGGGAAGGAGGAAACGAUCAUAGAGGAUCCACCGACACCAACACUGCUACUCUGUCUGGACUCCCCAUGAACCACACACAAACACACACCCUGCAGCAACCAAAGCCACUGCCAAGAGCCCUGCUGCCUCCACACAAAACAACACAACACACCUGCGCUCACAGAUCAGCCUCCACUGCUUAAACCCCCGCCUCCCAGUAAAACGGUCGUGGAAAUGCUGCCAGUGCGGGAGUCGAUGUGCAUGUUACAAACUGGACUUAAAUCAAGCCCUCACAGAUUCUUCUCACGCACCAAAGAGAGAAAAACAGCUCCAUCUCACCUGAUUAUGAUCCUUUCUCUUGUGUUGCAGCGUUUGUGGGGAGGCCACUGUGCUACUUGCGCAUUACAGUAUGUUUAGUAUGUACAGUCAUUCAAACCAGUUCCCCACAAAGGACAGGCUGGUUUUGAUACAACAAGGUCUAGGUUCAGGGCUUCUUUGAUAAAACCGAUAAUAAUGUGAUAAUUCUCCUGGAUUAUGACAUUAUGAAAUUCUAUUCCUUGUACAGUAGCCACACGUAUCCAUCUGAUUUAAACAUUUAGAACAAAGGGAUAUUCCUGCGAUGGCACUGCUCAGAUGUCAGAUACCUCCAUCUAACCUGCCAUUUGUUUGUCUCGUGCGUAACUCGUCUCAGUGUCACUUUAUCCUCCCCUGGUUCCCCCAUCUCCCGCUACAUCUGAUACAGGGGUGUCGCACAAAACUCUGGACCCUGUACAUAACCAUUGUCUACGCCCCCUCCCAGUAUCCACGGCUGUAUACUCAUUCCACCCACCCCCACCAGUCUGAUGCCCCUGAUAUGAUGUGAUAAAGAUGGAAAUUAAAAGAGAAAAAACAUUAGUAUGGAAAAGUAUUUACCCCGCCUCAUCCCAUGUCAACAUGGAUGGCAAUGUUUCCAUUCAUAUUAAAGCACCUGAAGGCAUCAUGCUACAGCCACAGUGUUGUAAGGAACAGAGAAAAGAAAAGCUCAUGUGUUUAUAUUCCUUUAGUUUCUCUUAUGAUCCGAGGCAGGACCUGUUAUUCAGUAUAUGAUAAAAUGCGUGAUGAUAUUUUUUAUUUCUUUUGGGAAAAUGUGAAUACAGUACUAGGUAUAUGUGUUGUUAACACAAUAUGUUGAUGCUCAAAACAUAUAAAACGGCCAAUUCUAAUUGAAUUUUAUUGGACAAAGCAAGGUCUAUGCUUAUGUUGUUGAUAAUAAUGUUUGAAGAGCGACCCCCCCCCCCCCUUCCCAUGCUACAGCAGCAUACUAAACCACUGACCUUCUAAAGAAUGCCUGUGUAAAUUAAAUGGUUUUUAUUGUUUUGUUUGUUUAUAACUGGGUGAA